AUGCGAUGCCUCGUCGUCAUCGUCGUCGUCGUCGUUCUUAACAGCUGCUAUGUGCAAUGCAACGUAGCUCCAGAGUUCGUCGACUUACCUACAGUAAUUUAUCUACCUGAUUCAGCAGCAAUCGGCACCGUUGUGGUAACGUUGAAGGCAGUGGAUUUAGACGACACCACAUUAACAUUUUCUGUUGCUAUUGACGACGGCGACAUAAUCAACAACAACAUCAACAACAACAACAACGAUAUUUUUAAAAUCAACCAAAUAAGCGGUCAGACAGCUCAGAUUACAAGUCAAUACAAAGUUAUCUUUUCCGUGAAAGAUUCGAUCAACGUUCCAAUCAGCCAGCCAUGCGUAAUUGUGAUCAUCAGUUCGUCCUUCAAACCACCGUCACUCAAUAACCUUCCCAGCACUAUCAACGUUUCAGAGGAUGCCAUAAAUGGCACGGAAGUGUUCAGAGUUGUUGCAGCCGACUCGCUGAGUGUCGUCACAUUCAAAUUAGAGCCAUCCCAAGCUCCAUUUCGAAUCGACCAGCUGACUGGCUCGAUAACACUUGUCGGGUUCUUGGACUUCCACCUCCAGAGGACGUAUGUUAUUACUGUUGUUGCUGCGAACAAGAAGGGCGCUAACACGUCGGCCACACUGACCAUCAACAUCACCAGCAACAGAAACAAACCACCAUAUUUCUUAGUGCCUCGGUAUUUCUCUUCAAUACUUGAGAAUACGCCAACGCCGCUACUUUCCCAACAACAACAACAACAGCAACAACUCACAAACGAUAUUUUCACUAUUGACGAAAAAACCGGCUCGAUUCAAACAAGUCGGUUAUUCGAUUGCUCGGAACUGUAUCUCCGAUGGACGAACUGCAUGUACGAUAUUUUGAUCGAAGCAUGUAGCAGCAGCCCUACAAGAAGCCAGGGCUCCAACUGCAGCACCACCCUGGCCACAGUGGCCGUAUCUGACCUCAACAAUCACGCUCCGGUUUUUUCCUCCGCAAAAUAUCGAUGUUUUGUAAAUAGGUACGUUAGUGAGGACGGCGACGAUGUUGUCAGUUGCGACCAGGAGAUUUGGGUGACUGACGCAGAUCUGAAGUUUGAUAAUGUUUUAAUAAUAAAAAAUGAAGGAUCCUUAAUUUACGAUUUCAAAGAUGAAUCACUCGAGGUAAAGGCGUACAGCAGCAUUAGCAGCAGUCUGAACGUAAUUUAUGAAAUCUUAGGACCAUUUUCAAAUACUUUUUCAAUUGAUGCGGUCAAAGGUCAAAUCUCGAUAGCCCGCCCCGAUUUGCUGUCGCCUAUAAUUAGCAACAACGGGAUUCCCGUCGUUGUUUUGAUUGUCAGCGCUAAAAAUAGAGACUCUCUCGUAAAUUCAUGCUCCUCAUUGGUCGUCGUUCAAAUCAAAAAUAAUGACGUCACUGGGCCGAGAAUAGCAUCCAUUCAAGUCGGGAGUUACGUGGGUGUGAUAGAGGAGCAGGGCAAACAAUUUCUCUACCCCGUAGUUAUAAGGCCGCAGAUGAUCAGCGCUAACAACAACAACAACAACUACAAUAUCAACAACAACAUCAUCAACAACAACAACAAUUUUACCUUCAACAUCGUCAACAACAACAUGUUUGCGAAUAACUUCACAAUCGAUCAAGCUACUGGUCAAUUCCUCGUAAAGUACCCUCUGGAUUUUGAGGCAAUCCCUCCUUACCUUAACGGCACGAUAAACAUCAGCGUUGAAGUGACCGCUGUCAAAAACUCGAUGCAAGCCAAGGGUCUGGGCAGUGUUGUGGUCAUCGUUAAGGAUGUGAAUGACAGAAUUCCCUCCUUUGUGCAGACUUCAUACACGUUCGAACUGCAAGAACCAAUCAAAAGAGCAUCAUCAUCACAACCGACAACAACAAAAACUUUGUACGUCACGGCAACGGAUCUCGGCACACCCGGUCAAUCCACAAUGACAACUGUUGUCAUCAAAUAUCCAUCAAUCAACAGCACAACAUCAACAACAACAAUAUGCAACAACUUCAACAACAUUAACGAUAAUAUCAUUUUCGAUCAAAUUUUUAUGUUUAAUUUGAAUCACGUGAUUGAUAUUUCAAACGUUGUAAACAUCUAUAUACAGCAGCAGCAGCAGCAACAACAACAAAUAUUCAGUAAUGCCAUAUUUAACUGUUCACUGACGAGCAUCCAUCUUUACGACGCCAACGGCAACAUUGUUGAGAAACCUCAAAGUUGGAAUUUAUUUGUGGCUAAGAACUGCAAAAGUAUUGAAGUUAACUUUCCACAAAAUGAUCCAGAGAUCUAUCGAAUAAAAUUUAUAGUAUCGCAUUUAACCCUUACUAGUUCAGCGGUUCGAAACUCUUUGAAUAUUACGUCUACCGACAUCAACAACGUCAAUACUGGUAGCAUACUCAGCAGUUGUGGUGGUAGUAGUGGUGGAGGUUGCAGCGUCUGCUGCGAUUGCAACAACAUUUCAACGUCUUCGAGGGAUAUUGCUCUGGUCAUAUUGGAGUUGUCUCUGCCAACUACCCCACCACCAGCAUCCUCACUCCCUACACCACCCACCAACACCAAAAACAACAACAACAACAACAACAACUUAAUCUUUCUUCCUCCAAACAUCAACGUGGCAGUGAUCAACAUGAGCGCCUCACUACCGAACAACACGUUUGUCGCCAGGAUGGUCGCCACAAACCUCUUGGACGUCAACAUCCCAGUCUAUUAUGACAUUUUUGAUGCCGCAGCCACUAACGGUGGCAGCGGUACCAGCAGCAAACUUAUCAGCAACGAUGGUAGUAAUACUAUUUAUAAUAGUAGCAACUACGCUGGUGUUUAUGAUAGUAUUUCGGCCUCUUCAUAUUUCAAAAUUAAUCAAAAUACAGGCAUCAUCUACCUCAUAAAGGAAAUUCCGAAAGAUAUAAAUAGAAUUUCCUUUUCGAUCCGCGCUUAUUCAAUACUUAAUGGAGGUGCGGUUAUUGAGAACAAAUCAAAUUUCCUAGUGAACAUGGUCGAGCCGAUGUCUCCUUCGUUGCCGUCUUCAUCAUCGUCGUCUUCAAAUUCAAAGUUGUUGACUGAUGCAGUGAUAGCGCUAGGAGUGGUGUGCGGAUUGCUGGUGGUGCUUCUAUGCCUCCUUUUGGUCUUCAUCUGCUAUAAAAGAAGACGCGAUGAAAAAGUAAAAGAAGCAAAACUCAUGAGAAAUGGGAGAACGUCGUAUUCCAGUGGACUUAGAACGAGCACCUUUACAUCACAGGCAGCAAUCAGCAACCAUCAGUACGAACAAAGCAUUGACUACAACAAACACAACAACAUCAACAACAGCGGCAACACCAACAACAACAAUAACAACAACAUCAACAAUGAAGAUGAUGAAUGCAACACUAACAAUUCAGACGCGUCAGAAACAACAAUCAGUUCAAGCCAACAAUUUUUUCAGCAAAAGCAAAAUCAACGUCAAAUCAGCCAAUCACAAAGUCACAUAUAUGACAGCAUUGAACCAUUAACUUCAACUAACACCACCACCAACAACAACAAUAAUAAUAAUAACAACAAUUUUUUAAGCAACACUAGCAAAAACAUUACCCUCGACAAUUCAAAUCAACUGUAUAAACAAUCUUUGUACAGGCGAAAUACAAACGAACCACGUCAGUACGUUCCUGCAUCUUUUAAGUUAAUCAACACUUCAACUGACAAUAAUAUUAACUCGUCGAACCAUUCUUAUAAAUCGCAUUUAUCCGACUCUGCAAUCGGUAGCUCCGAUGCCAUCACCUCAGUUCCAACCAACGAUGAUUACAACGGAAGAGAUGCGUCAAACCGGUUAAUUUCGACUAACAUUCCAAAUAGUUACACAUCUUCAACGUAUAACAAUAAAAGCGUCGCAAACACUAAUCGGAUCGGUAACUCGACAGUGGCACUGAACGGGGUCACUACGAUGCCAGAUCUAACGAAAAAGUAUUCGAGUCAACAAUACCUAUCCAACCCUGGGGACGCCUUGUACAGUGAAGUGAAUAAAAAUAGAAAUUCAGAAGUUAAGUCCAACCAUGUUAAUAAUAACCCGUAUGUCAUUAGUCAUAUAGUGGAUGAUGGUGAAAUUUGUGAUAAUGUUGAAGAUGGUGCUCGUCCCAGUGAUGUGCGAAUAAUUAAAAUGAAUCAAGUAGAUCUGAAAAGAAACUAUCACAAUGGCGGUUCUUUAACAAACGAUACCUCAUCAAAGGCUGUUAACUCCAAAGCUUAUAAUAACAACAACAAUAAUAAUAAUAGUGGUAAUAAUAAAUUGCUUUUAAAUAAUGUAAACAUUAACACUAAAAAUAUUGCAAAAGUUCCUCGCAUAAACCUGAAGGUUGAAGAGGAGGAAUGCUCUUUCUACAUUUGA